UAGACUACGCGCGCGCGCUCCGAUUGAGCUCGGGAGGGUAGGGCCGUAAACAACGGACAGCAUCACUGUAACACGUACAACAAACACACACACGCAUACCCUAACAGACAAACACAUGGCGAUACACGCAGAUGUAUAAGUGAUGUCUUUAUUUGUAUAUUGAUUCUUGGGGUCUCGAGUACUAAGUGCUUCAAGGCGCGUGUGAGCAGAGUCAAGUCGAGAGCGGUAGUAGGCAAAAGAGUGCGAUUAGUAUCAAACGGGUAGUGUCUAAGUGCGAUACGAGGUACCCACCGUACUGGCAGCUAAGCCUGAAAGGCCAUUUUGCCGUAUGUCCAAGUGCAUACAGCCCUUGUAGACAGGUUUUUUAUAUAUAUAUAUAUAUUUCGGAACGGUGUGCAUACCACAGCCAAGGGAAGAGAUGGCCACAGUGUCGAAUGUUUGGUUAGCGUUGGCAACAGUGAUCCUUGCCACGAUGCACGGAAUACCUGCAACGGCAAACCGAGAACACAAGGUUCACAAUAUAGUGCUUUACCCGAACAAACAGUCCUGGUGUACGACGCGUAACAUAAGCCAGGUUAUAACGGAACCGGGCUGCAAGCAGGUUACGAUCGAUAACAAUGUGUGCGUGGGUGCUUGUUUCAGCUACUCGAUACCACACACGGAACCAUCCGAUCCGGGCGAGAUUAUAGGACCGUAUUGCGACUCCUGUCAACCGUCGGACGUAUCGUACGUUUUCGUUAAGGUGGACUGUACGGAGAAUGCGAACAUGAAGAAUCCCUACUUGUACAAACAGGUACAGCUGAUACACAACUGCACCUGUACGGCGUGCGACGAACAGUCGACACAUCGGUCAACACCUACCAGCAAUACCCGUGACCUGUCGGAAGGUUCACAGGAGCAUCUGCAAGGUUCGGGUGAGCAACUUCACCAUCAUCAGCUACCGUUGGUGUUAGAUAAGGAUCAGGAUAUGCUCUCGGCCGAGCAUCACCAUCAGUCCCAUCGUACUUCUUCGCAUGCAAAACACACUGUAUCAGGUACGGGAUCUGAAGAAGCACAUGCAGACAGUGAUAUGAUCCAGGACGACAUACCGGAGAUACUGGAGGUGGUGCACUAUAGUGAGAAUGACACCGAGCCGAUACGUCACACUCCAGUGCACGAUCUGCAAACGCCUAACAGUGGUACGACGUAUAUGGAGCAGCAGCAACUCAACCACUACGAACACAACAGCCACACGGACAACGUGAAGAAGCUGCUACAUCAGAAGAUCGUCAAGCUACUGAGAUCAAUCGAGGAAACGAACUCGCAGUCCGAUCGGGAGCAGCUGAUCGAGAUGAUACGGCUCAUCAAGGGUACCAGUGAUCGUAAUUGGGAUGAGCUGGUCGGGAGUCUACAGUCAGAAAACUCCAUCCUUGACUUUACCCGUCUUCGGUCCGAGCUGGUGGAAGAUGAGCCGUUAAACGUACCGUCAUUCGGUGAAACCGAGGGCGAUAAAGGUGACGAUCCAGCCAAGCAACAGCAUCAUGCUGAUCACGAUAGUGCGAAACACGCCUCCACGCCAGAGUAUGCAGAUCACCAGCGGUUGAUACAGCACCAGUACGACACAUUACGCCACCGGCAAAACCAUCUUCAAGAGCAUGGGUCAAAGGAAAAUGCGGCUGAUGAGGAGAAAUCUUCCCAAGAGGGACACAUAACGCCUGGAGAAACGAUAACCCCGGUGAGGUCACACCAUCAUGCACAUCAUCACCAUAUGGUGGGCGAACGCAUCGAUGCGCAUCAUCAUUUAGCCCGUGGACCGCACGGUGCGUUUGUAAUCCAAUCGGAUCAGGACGAACUGGAAAUACACCGGAGCAUCCAGAACGGGCAUGAGAUAAAGGAAAAGAUCCACAUCCAGGCGCACGAACUGAAACCCAACCAUGUCGGUACGGUUGUUACGUACGACGGGCAUGUACCGGGACCGGCAGUGACUGCCAACGUUGGAUCGAUGAAGGUGGACGGAACUGAAAACCGGGACCAUCGCUUCCAAACACCUCAUAUGCAUCCGAGGCAGCAUUCGCAGACGUCCCAGGGUCAUGGUGGCCAUCACGGGCAUCACACUCACGACCAUCCAAACUCUGACCGUGGACAUCAUGGGUCACAUCAAAUCAAACCACACGUAGCGGCCAGCGGACCCGUCGGUGAUACCGAACAGUGAGACGCACCGGGCAGAACAUUCCCUAACCAUGUACCACUUAUUUGCACCAUAUUAAAAUUCCCCCGUAACAUAAUAUAUACGCCAAUACGAUUAAAUGUGAAGGAAAAUAGAAGAACCAAUCCACUAGGCGUUAACUUUAUCGUGGAUUGAAAGCCUGUUUACCUGAUAACUACAUUUUAAAAUCUCUAGUCGCCUAGUGGUUUUGUGGAAACGUGACUAGUAUAUGCAGAUUAGGAUUGCGAACAGUACAGUACCUAACUUUAUCAAGAAAAGGAACGAAAACUAACUCUAGUUGAUAGACAUUUUUAAAUUCACUUCAUUUAGGGCAACUCCGGAUUUAACGGAAAUCUGUGAGCUCUUCUCCAAGAUGUUACACAAUAGAUUUCGCCAACAUAUUCACUCCAAAAUCAAAUCAACUUACCGCAGAACACAGCGCUACACACCGGGCUUGUAAAACCAUUAAAAGCAGACAACGCUAUUCGUAUUGCAUACAUGAGCGAACAAUUUUAACCUACGUACAACACAAUUUGAAAGGAAUCUCGUAAAUUGUACCAAGUAAAAUAGAGUUAAGAACAUGAAACGAAAAAAAGUACGCCAAGCUGCCUCAAUAUUUACACAGAAUGAAAUAUGAGUAAAAUUCAUUAUUCUACAAUCAAUUGUACCAUUUCUGGCAAGAAUGUUAACAAAACUGUAUAAAAACAAAUAACUGCGUCUUCUGUUUGAUUUGCAUUUUGUUUUUGGUCAACACUGGGUACGGUUCGUUUCACUGUACGGCGGACGUUUUAUCACCAAAAUCAACGAAUUGGAAAUUAAAAAAAACACCAGCACGAUAGAAACAUCGAACCAAUAACUCGAUUACACACUU